AUGUUCACAAAAGAACCACACUCGGUUCCUAUCUUUACCGAGGAUUGGGGUGCUGAUGAAGAGCUGCUUCUAAUUGAAGCCUGCCAAAUCUAUGGCCUCGGAAAUUGGAGUGACAUCGCCGACCACGUCGGCAACGGUCGGACGAAGGAAGAAGUCGAACGGCAUUAUCUCGACGUGUUUAUUGGCAGCGAUGAUUACCCGCUUCCUCCAAUUGAUGCUAGGAUCGAGAUCGAUCAGGACAAGUUCCAAGCCCGUAAGAAGAGAAGAAAUGCCACCGCCCAAGCCAGUAUCGUCCGCGUCGACGAUUCACGAGAUUGCCGGUUUUAUGCCUGGGAGCCUGAAAAGCUACCAGAGGAGGAUGACAUCGCAGAAGAGAAGGACGAAAAUAAUACCGCGCCCAAUCAAGACCAGGAAACGAUCCCCCCAGAUUCUACGGCCAAACGGAAGCGCGGUGUCGGGUCAAGGGCUCGCAAAACGACCCAAAGGACAGACGAGACAGCACCCACAAGGACAGAUACUGUACAAAGACAGUGUGCUGAUAAGAAUGAUGGCGAUGCAGCAGAAGCCGACGGCCGAGAUUCAAUGCCAUCAUCCUCUGUUGAUCCACUCCAAACCGUCCCCUCCCCGGACCCUAAACCAAAGAGUAAAGAGAAAGAGAAAGAAGAGCCGAAAGCCGAGGAUGAAGAUGACAAUGAAGAGGUAGAUGAAGAGCCGCCGCUCUCAGACGAGCCUGACUUGGACUUAGAACUCAAGCUCACCCUCCUAGAAAUUUACAGCGACAAGUACGAUCGGCGGUUGCAAGCCAAGGCAGUGGUCUUCGACCGGAAUCCUUUGGAGUUCAAAAAGAUUCAAGCGGCGGAGAGAAAGCUAGGCACCCCUGGUAGUUCGGGAAAGGCGUCCAAAAAGAACUCGGCUGUGCCACUGAGUCUGGCGACGAGCGGCUCGAAGCAGCUCCUCCACCCGUCCGAGCUGGCGCUAUGUUCGCGACUGCAGAUCCUACCGAGCCCGUUCCUGAUGAUCAAGGAGGCGAUGUUCCGGGAACAUGUGCGGCGAGCGGCGCUGGGACAGACGCUGGACCGAGCCGACGUUGUUGGACUCUUUCCGCUGCUUGGCCUGGUGGGGGAUGCAGAGGAGGGCCUGGAGGAGGGCGAAGAGGACGAGGGGGUGGAGCAGGUCGCGGGCAAGGGGCAUGCUGGGGUUCCCUUGAAGGAGCACAAGGUGAAGCUUAUUUGGGACUUCUUUGUCGACAACGCCCCGCUGCUGUCCGGGCUUGCACCCGAUCAACCACCAACAACAAGCCCCAAGCCAAUGUCCAAACGGACCGCACACUCCGUCCAUCCCGUCAUGAUUAAUCCGCCUCCUUCUCACUUCUCUUCCUUGUUUGCUUUCGUUUCUUCAUAA